UAACGUUAGCAAGCCACUGGAGUCCUCGCCUUUGAUUCCUAGCAAGUUGUACUUUCAAGUUGUACUGUCCUUUCGUGUCACCAUUGGGAUCCUGAAGUACGACAGAUGAUUCUCCCGAUCAGCACGAUUGCUGCAAUUAACUGCACAAUAAUUCAUCAUUUUGAACUGCAUUUGUGUGUACUAAUUAAGUCUGCUUCGUCCCAUGUGCGGUGCAUUUACUAGCAAAGUACAGAUAGUAGAGCACGAGUUUUGUUUGUUCUGCUAUAGUGUAUAUAAGAUAAACCCUAAAUCAAUACACUAUAUGAACCAGAAAUGUCUGGUCACGUUUUUGUUUCGGCAAAAAUGUCUGAAUCGGCGGCCCUGACCUGGUAUAGGCUAUACCGCGUAAAAUGACCUUCGCUAAACAAAGCCCGAUUUUUCGUGUAUACGCAGUGACCGCAACAAUUUGGGCCAGGGAUCGGGGCACUAGACUAGUACCUAUACCAAGGCUACAAAGAUUCGUUCAUAGUUCACGAACUACCACCCAGACAGGGCUUCAUCAUGGGCAGGAUUCAAGCUGGUCGUUCCCACCAGGGUUGGUGCGCAGUUCUCUGUCUGCUUGUCAGCUAUUUGUUGUGGGUGUGGCUCCUCAAGGCACUGGGAGUGAUGUUACCAACACUACAAGAGCAAUUUGCAACCCAAACUUGGCUGGCCGGCUGGAUGCUAUCGAUUAUCACUGCAGUCAUAUGUGUUACCGGUAUCUUUGCUAGGCCACUCGAAGUCAUGUUUGGUACUCGCACGGUCGUGACGGUCGGCGGUUUCAUCUUUGGUGUGUCUAUGAUCAUCGCUUCCUUUUCCACUAGUAUUGUCAUGUUGACAUCAAUACUAGCACUGGCAGCUGGACCUGCUUUAAGUGUCGUCAAUAUUCUGACAAGGGCGCUACUCGGGCGCUGUUUUACGACAAACUAUGGCAGUGUGGUAGGCAUAGGGACAGCAGGAGGUGCAGUCGGCAUGAUCACCGUUGGGCCUUUUACCCAACUGUUGCUAGAUACGUACGGCUGGAGAGGGGCUUUGCUAAUUCUUGGUGGGUUGACCACGUAUCUUGGGGUGUGUGGCGCCCUCUUGCGUUCAGCGUCGACUGAUGAAACAAAUGACAGCUAUCAGCCGGUGAGCACCGGCGCCAACGAGGAACCACAAGUCGGCUCAUCAAGUGCCGAGGAGACAGGCAACUUGAAGAAGUCAUCACGACUAAGCGCCUUCAAAGACGCCUUCAGUGCGCAGAUGAAACAUUUCGGAUUCUCAGUUUGUUUCAAGUUCUCAUUUUGGAUCACAGCAGUCCCUUUCAUAUGCAGCCGCUUUGCGAGUGAUCAAUGGAUGAUCUAUUACGUCUCCCAAGCCGAGGCCAAAGGCUUCUCUCCUUACGACGCCGUGACAUUCACCACAGCUGGAGGGGUCGGCAACGUCAUUUCCAGGAUUUUGCUCGGUUGUUUCGUCGACAAAGGUUUGUUAAAAUUGAGACCGGUGAUCGCAUUGGUGAUCACACUGAGUGCCUUAGCUAUCCUGAUAACUCCCUGGGUAAACUCUUACUGGUUGAUGAUGACCACUUCAGUUAUCUAUUGUGGCGGUUUUGGAGCAGAGGCUUCACUGAAUGAUCUGUACACCAGGGAGCUGCUUGGACCUGAUCUCUUGGCAUGUGCUUUCGCUUGGAUGGAGCUGGCGACGGCCAUUUUAAGUUUCAGCCUAGGAUUCUUUCCAGGUUGGAUGUACGACCAGACUGGCAGUUUUGACUGGGCCUUUUUCAUCCUGGGAUGCAUUACAGCUCUAUCGUUGAUGGCGCUGUUGAUGGAAUGGGUCCAGGCGAGAUGCAAGUCCAAGCAGACUGCUAUAAGUACCCCUAAUUAAACUACAAGAUUGCUGACGCGUGACAUGAAAAAAACACGUUAUAUAAUGGAUCAUCCACUCUUUCAUUGCAAUCUGAUGAUUGUGGACGUUAGUUUUAAUUCUUAAAACAGUAACAUGUCUGUGUAAAGUGCAUGUUAUUGCGUUAAAUUUGAAAUUCCAAGAUUAAUUUUCAAAUUACUUUAUUGGAAGAACGAUAUAAACAGUAUCAGUGCUCAUUUAUACAUUGUUACUUUUUAUUAACAGAAUUAACCAAUGCUCAGUUCAAGAAUAUUGAAAAGCACAAGUAAUACAGUACACUUUUUUUUUUUUAAAUGUUUAUAUCCACGCUGUAACUGGUUUUAAAGCAGUUUUGAUAUUGAUUGUUGAAUUACAGUUUUCAUGCAAUUUUUUCUUUUCUUUUAUGACAGAAUCUGGUUAAUUUACAUUUUGUUGUAAAAUUAGCACAUAUACGUGGUUGAUGGGAAAAGUGAUAUGUUAUCAAUAGUUUGUUUCAAUUUGAAACAUCUUUUUGAUGUAGACCGUUGUAAUCUGUGAAUUCAAAUUCAGCUUAUUUGAAAUAACGGCAAAAUUGGACGGUUACAUCCUCAUUGUAAAUAAAGAAAGAAGCACCAUACACUGUCUUUGAGAAGGGAUGUUUUUGCAUAUGCCAGAUUUCACAGUAGGCCUGUAUUUCACAAAUAAAUCCACUGUUUUUGAACCGUCUUGAGCAUGGACAUGUUACAGGAAGUUCCAGUAAAAUUGCAGUUCUGACGCAUGCUAAGAUUCACAAUGCGUUCUUGAGCUUUAGCGUAGCGCUACUUUAAUUAAGGAAGCUAAAAUGGCCUUUUUUUCAAAAAUCCGAAUAUGCGCGGAGUAUAUUUCUCAAUCUCAUUACUCAACACAUACGUCAACGCAUGGGCAUUACCCAUUCCAAUACAUGGCCUUCUCAUCCUCACAACCACCUUUUAAAAGUUGUGAUUCAUUUACACAUCGAAUGCACGCAUGCAAUUCUCGAUAUGAGUAUGGCACGACAAAGUGUAUCAUGGCCGAUUAUUGUGCUGUCACAAUUGCACGUACGUAAACUCGCUUGACCUUUACUUCCGGGUCUA